AUGGACAAUCUCUAUCACCAUCGACGACAAAAAUUGCAACAUCGGCCAAUUUCUUAUUUUUCAGCCAGCGAGUGCGCUUUUGCCUUUUUUUUGGCAUCGAUAUUUAUUGUUUUAGUCGUUGUAGCACCAGCGCGUUUAAUUUACUAUUCUGUCCUCGAAGCCAAAGGCGAAUGUUCUGAACGAUUAUCCUACAUCAAACGUAACUCUCCUGUCACUGCAUUAGUUGGUCCUCCUGGAUGUGGUACUCAAUGGGUUCGUUAUAUAAUACAACAAAUUUCAGGACAUCAUGUCGGAAAUAUAUACGGUCGUACAGGAGCCUCGGUAGUAGCUGUUGAAACUAACUAUUUAAACCUUGUUGGUCCUGUAGAUAAAGUCAUCGUUGUGGUUCGCUCCCCAUUCGAAUGCCUUCGCGUUUCUUUUGAUGGGCUCUAUUCUAAACCCCGACAAAUUGUAGCCUCGAGAUCUCGAUACCUAAAUCGUAAUUUAUGGGAAAAUCACGUCAGAUUUGCUGGUAAAAAUUGGGAAAAAUACUAUAAAACCUAUUUAGCCUACGAUGGUCCAAUUCUGAUAGUGCAUUACUCCAAUUUGGUAACAAGCCUCCGCUCUGAAAUGCACCGUAUAUCUCAAUUUCUCAACCUUAAUCCUACGAAAUUGAAACUUGAUUGUGUAGCACGGAGCCCGAUAAGUAUCCGUUUCAAAAGAACUCCAGUUAAACUACCCUUCAAUCCAUUAGCAUUUGUUGCAACGAAUAUUCAAAAUAGCAUACGUAACUCUGAAAAGGUUAUCAUGGACAUGUUAAAUCAGCGGAUUCAUCAGGAGGAAGCACGUAAAGAAUCCAACAAUAAUCGAAUUACGCUACUUCCAUAG